AUAGAAUCGUGACCUCAGGGAACACUCACAGUUGCCCAUUGCGCGUCCAACAUGAUGAAGGUAUUAUUUCUUUGCGCUGUAACACUCCACACGGUUUUAGCCGGUUACGUCCACGGACCUGUUUCUCUUGAUUACCAUGACCCUCAUCCCAAGUAUGCUUAUAACUACGGUGUGGAUGAUCCCCAGACGGGUGAUGUGAAACAUCAGUCUGAAGCCAGAGACGGAGAUGUAGUCAAAGGUCAAUAUUCCCUCGUCGAACCCGAUGGUUCAGUAAGGACUGUCGAUUACACUGCCGAUCCCAUCAACGGAUUCAACGCAGUGGUCACCAAAUCCCACCCUGGCGUGCACCCGACAGUCGUCAAGCCUGUCGUCGUCGCGAAACCAGUCGUGCCCGUCGUUCAUCCUAAGCCCGUCCUCGUUGCCAAACCAGUAGAAGUGCAACAUCACUACCCGGUCGCUUACGACCACGGCUACGACUACGGUGCAGAUCUAGUAGACUACGCGUCUGCGGUGCUCCACAAGGCGUACGUCCAACCCGGCUAUGACUACCACUAUUACUAAACGGAGAACAACAAACCUUGGUAUAAAAUAUGAUUUGGUAUUUAUACAAGAAGUUACCAAAGUUCAUACUGAAUGAAAUCCUCAAUAUUUUUUGA